UACAGCUCGUCGCGCCUGCGUGUUGCGUGUCGCGGCAGCUGCGUCGUUACUUUUGAAACGAGUGGCGGGAGCCGCUGCGGGUGGGCGGGGGGAAGCCCCGCGAUCCCAGUGGACUUGGUGAAAGCCGCCAGCCAUGGCGAUGCAGCUCGCUCGAGAGCAAGGCAUCACCCUGCGCGGGAGCGCGGAGAUCGUGGCCGAGUUCUUCUCAUUUGGCAUCAACAGCAUUUUAUACCAGCGUGGCAUAUAUCCAUCUGAGACCUUUACUCGAGUGCAGAAAUAUGGACUCACCUUGCUUGUAACUACUGAUCCUGAACUCAUAAAAUACCUAAAUAAUGUGGUGGACCAGCUAAAAGAUUGGUUAUACAAGUGUUCAGUUCAGAAACUGGUGGUGGUCAUCUCAAACAUCGAGAGUGGGGAGGUCCUUGAAAGAUGGCAAUUUGACAUUGAAUGUGACAAGACUGCAAAAGAUGAUACUGCACCCAGAGAAAAGUCUCAGAAAGCUAUUCAAGAUGAGAUUCGUUCAGUCAUAAGACAGAUUACAGCUACGGUGACAUUUCUACCACUAUUAGAAGUUUCAUGUUCAUUUGAUCUGCUGAUUUAUACUGACAAAGACUUGGUUGUACCUGAAAAAUGGGAAGAGUCAGGACCACAGUUCAUUACCAAUUCUGAGGAAGUCCGCCUUCGUUCAUUUACUACAACAAUCCAUAAAGUAAAUAGUAUGGUGGCAUACAAAAUUCCUGUCAGUGACUGAGAGUGAGGAAAGGAUUAUGCACUUGUAAAAAUUCUCAAAUGUGGCUUUUCCUGAAACCAAGUCAACUAUAGUUGAUUUUUUAUUUUGUUUGUCAGAUGGGAAAAUUUUAGAUAAGAUUUUGUUAAACUGUACAUAACUGUUACAUUUUGGGUACUUAUGUGACUUUCCAUAAAGUUAACAUAGUGAACCCAUUACAUGACUGCCCACAGGGAACCACUAGAUUAUGUCAACAUUUUGAUAUCAAGUCCUUUGACAACUGUAAAUAGAAAUACUAUAGCUGUAGAGGUUAGCACCUUUUUUGUCAAACUAAUUGACUCAGCAUAGCUAGGGAAAGAUUUAAAAAGAAACACAGCAAGACUUAGUCUGAAUAUUCAGAAAUCUUUGGAUUCUUAAAGUAAUUAAUGAUAAUCCAUACUAGGAUUCCUACUAGGUUCCUUUGCUAUUUAUACCAUUUGUAUAGUUCCCAUAUUGAAAGAGUUUGCAAUUUGACUUCAUGUAUAUAAACUAGAAUCUUCAAAUCUACUGAUAUUUCUGUCAUGUAAGUUCCUAUAGUUCUGAAUUCUGAAAAAUGUAUUUUUUAUAAAAUCAAGCUUCAAAUGACUGAAAUAAAGUUCUAUGUGUAUGUUUUAAA